AUGUUCCGAUUGACACGCGGACUCCAAGCGGCAGCAGAGGCAGGCUCCUGGUCGCAAACGCUGCACCUGCCCAAGUCGACCUUUCCCGCAAGACCAUCCACCCAGGAACUUCUCAAAUACCGAAAACAAUGCGCCGACGACUUUUAUGCCUGGCAGAAGGAACACCGACCGAGUGAGAACGAGAGUGGUGAGCGCAACACUUUCACCCUUCACGAUGGUCCUCCAUACGCAAACGGCCCUGUACACGUUGGACACGCAUUGAACAAGAUUAAUAAGGACAUUAUUCUGAGAACAUACGCAAAGAGAGGCUUCAGAGUCGAGUACAGGCCAGGAUGGGACUGUCAUGGCUUGCCCAUCGAACUCAAGGCUCUACAGGCGCACCAACAAUCGAGCUUGCAGAAAGAGUCCAAGAGCCUGGUAGACGAUCCCAAGCAGGAGGCCAGCGUCGUCCACGGUGCUGGUCUCAGCCCAUUGGACAUCCGCGAGGCUGCUAAGAAGCUGGCAACAAAGACCAUCUCGGAGCAGAUGGAGGCCUUCCGGUCCUGGGGAGUCAUGGGCGAAUGGGAGAAGCCAUACAAGACCAUGGACGCCGACUUCGAGAUCAAGCAGCUGCAAGUCUUCAAAGACAUGGUCGCAAAGGUGAGGUUCGUCCCUGCUGCACCCUGUCAGUCUAGAGUGCGCCAUACUGAUUGUUCCUCCAACANNGGUCUGAUCUACCGCCAGAACAAGCCCGUCCACUGGUCGCCCUCCUCCGGAACCGCCCUGGCCGAGGCUGAACUUGAAUACGAUGAGGACCACCGCGUUGUCGCUGCUUUUGUCAAGUUCCCUCUGCUCAAGCUGCCCUCGAUCCUCGCCACCAACUCUGCCGUUCAGGCCGAUUCGGUCAGCGCCUUGAUCUGGACUACAACGCCCUGGACUCUGCCUGCAAACAAGGCUAUCGCCGUGCGUUCCGACAUGUACUAUGUACUGCUGGAGGUCACCGGCAAAGAUCUACCCAACGACCUACAGGGCCAAAUGAUCGUUGCAAAGGAUCGUGUCGAAUCGCUUCAGACUCAUCUGUCAGAGGGCGCCGCCAUCAACAUCCUUGUCGACAACAUGUCUGGUUCUGACCUGGAGAAUACCGAGUACAUCAACGUCAUCUCCGCCGAGCACAACAAAAUCAUUCACGCCGACUUCGUCACUGCUACCUCGGGUACUGGUCUUGUGCACAUCGCCCCUGGUCAUGGUAUGGACGAUUACAAUGUCUGCAUGAAGCUAGGCAUUGGUCCGGCUUUUGCUCCAGUCGAUGAUCAUGGAAAGUACACCACCAAAGCUUUCCCAUCGGACCCUUCCUACCUCCACGGUCUUCCUGUCGAGAAGGAUGGUGCAAAGGCCGUCGUCGCUCUGCUGAGAAACCCUCAGUCCAAGCUCUCCAUACCUUCGCUAAAAUCUGAUUCAUCUCUGGUUUUCAAGACCCACAACUUCAGACACAAGAACCCUAUCGACUGGAGAACAAAGCAACCAGUCAUUACCAGGGCUACUGACCAAUGGUUCGCCAAUGUCGGCAGUGUUCAGGAGUCCGCUCUAAAGGCUAUCCAAGACAUCAUGUUCAUUCCAGACACUGGUAAAUCACGCCUAGAGAGCUUCUUGAAGGGUCGCAGUCAGUGGUGCAUUUCCCGUCAGCGAAGCUGGGGUGUACCUAUCCCAGCCUUGUUCCACAAGCAGACUGGCGAGGCACUUCUCACCGUUAAGAGCAUCGAGCACAUCAUCAAGACCAUUCAACAACGUGGUACUGAUGCUUGGUGGGCUGAUGCUUCCGACGAUCCUGCUUGGAUUGCCCCUGGACUCGAUCGCGAAUCAUAUGUUCGUGGAAAGGAUACUAUGGACGUUUGGUUCGACAGCGGAACCUCUUGGGCUCAACUCGACAAGCGCGAAGAUGGUUCCGUUGCAGACAUGAUAUUCGAGGGCUCUGAUCAACAUCGUGGUUGGUUCCAAUCUCUUCUCUUAACUCAUCUCUCUGGUCAGACUGAUACUGCAAAUGCCCCUGUCGGAGCCAUUGUCACCCACGGUUUCACUCUUGAUCAGGCUGGCCGCAAGAUGAGCAAGUCUUUGGGCAACGUUAUCUCGCCUGAGGAGAUCAUUAGUGGUACCAUCAUACCUCCAGCAAAGACGAAGAAGGGAACAAAAGUUGUCCCUCGUCCCACGCAAACCAAGAAAGAUCCCAUGGGCCCCGACGCUUUACGGUUGUGGGUUGCAAGCAGUGACUAUACCAAGGAUGUUGUGAUCGGCCAGCCUGUCCUCCAAGCUGUGCAUUCAUCAUUACACAAAUACCGCACGACGUUCAAGUGGCUUCUUGGAAUCAUGCACGACUAUCCUGCUCCUUUGCCCGUCGAAGAUUUCAUGAAAGAACUUUAUUUUGCUGAUCAAGUCGCUCUACACCAACUUUCGAAGACGGCAGCAGAGGUCUGGAAGCACUACGCUGCCUACGAGUUUCACAAGGGUGUGCAAGCCCUGAACAAAUUUAUCAAUACAGAUCUUUCAGGAUUCUAUUUUGAGGUCAUCAAAGAUAGACUAUACGCCGAAGAUGAAGAGACUCGCAGGCACACGCAAACAGUGCUCUUCAUUAUCAUGGAGGAGCUUUGUCACAUGCUGGGUCCCAUCACUCCUCACCUCAUCGAAGAGGUAUGGCAACACAUUCCCGAACAGUGGCACCCAUACGAUGUUAUGAACAUCAAUCGAAGAACAUGGGAGUACCCAUUCAGUGCUGAAUUUGACUCUUUCAAAGCUGAAGGUGCAAUGGACAAGGUGAUUAAAGUCUUCAAUACUGUUUCGACAGCCGUCAAAGCCGCUCAAGAGAAUGCACGUAGAGCAGGCAGACUUGGCAGUGGCCUGGCAUGUCGCGUUGAACUACAGAUGCCUCGUGAGACUGGCAGUGUAUGCCUGGCCCUCCUUUCCGACCUUCGCAGCACCGACGAACUAGCAGAACUCUUUGUCGUCUCUGAAGCUGACAUGGUUCCCGACGAUCCUGACUUCCGCCGCAAGCUCGCCGAACAAGAACCUGAUGAAGAGCUUCGCGCCACGCUCCUUGAACCCGAGGAGCCGCCAGCCUGGAAGUUCGAGGUCGAAUUCGAGUGCGGAGAUGAGAAUGCACCUGCUACAGGAAAGGCCGUCGUCCUGCCACCUACUGGAGAGAAAUGCAUCAGAUGUUGGCAAUUUACCUCCGACGAGCCCGACUCGCUUUGUGGAAGGUGUGUUGACGUUGUUGGUGAGGAAGUAGGACUCGAUGAGGAAAUGCUCGAAGCAGCAGAAGAAGAGGAAGAGCAAGAGGAUGAGUUGGCCAAGUACCGUUGA